CACAGUACUUACAGCGGGGCCGGGUGGCCAAGAAUGAGAGGGACUCUGAAAGAUCUGCUGACGUGUACGUUUAGCAGCGAGCCUUGCCCAAGGAGCCAACGCCGAUCUUCAGGUAUAUCAGGAAACAAUGUGCGGGGUGGCAAGGAGUGGUGUGGGCUGGACGGGGAUGGCGGGGACACAGGCUGCGGGGGUGUCGGGACGGAGGCGGGGGAGGGUUCCGACGCCGGGGACCAGCUGGAGGGGACGGACACAACUCCGGACGACGCUCUUCACCUCCAGAGACGGGUGGGACUCCUCAGUGGGGUGGCUCUAAUCGUCGGAACUAUGAUCGGGUCUGGGAUUUUCGUAUCGCCGUCUGGCUUGUUGAUCCGCACGGGAUCGGUCGGGAUGAGUUUCGUCAUCUGGAUAGCAUGCGGCGUCUUGUCGCUUUUAGGUGCACUGGCCUACGCUGAGCUGGGAACUAUGAACACGAGUUGUGGUGCCGAAUACGCGUACUUCAUGGACGCGUUCGGUCCACUUCCAGCAUUCCUGUUCUCUUGGGUAUCCACACUGGUGCUCAAACCCUCUCAGAUGGCCAUCAUCUGCCUCAGCUUCGCCAAGUACGCUGUUGAAGCCUUCGUCUCCGAGUGUGAACCACCCGACACUGUCGUUAAACUGGUCUCUGUACUGUCUAUAUUGGUGAUCAUGUACAUCAACUGCUACAGUGUGAACCUGGCGACCGGAGUUAUGAACGCGUUCACAGCUGCAAAGCUGAUCGCCAUCCUCAUAGUCAUUAUUGGAGGCGCAUGGAAACUACUAGAAGGUCAUGAAAUUGAAUGGGACAAGCUAGAAUAA